CACCUUCAGGACGUAAUUCAAGGUCAACUUACAAUGCUCAAGGACUCCAUAGAAUUAGAAACUGAAAUGAAUAUAUAAAGGAGAGCGAAACCAAAAGCGAAUACUGUAACAAAAAAAUGACAUAACAUGGACUUUUUAAAAACCACUCGUCCAUAUCUUAACAAAAUAUUUAACCUUGUGCAUUGUGUGAGAAUCACAAUGUCAACGUCUGAACUCAGAUACAUGUACUGAGGUAGGAGAAGAAAAAAAAGCAUUUUAUCUGAAACCAGUGGCGGUGGAUAGAUCUAUGUGUUUAAACAGACCACAGAUUCCUUUUAUCCAUAGUUUACAUUUAGGUCCAUAGCCAUGGAUACGCUGGGCAGCCCCCAGGCCGUUGUCCGUUGUUCCUUGUGUCAAGCUUGUAUGGCUACCAUAAACUGUAAAUAUUGCCACCUCAAUAUGUGCAAAGAUUGCGCGGAUAAGCACAUGACGGAACAUAAAGUUGAAUCAGCCAAUCAGAAUCGUUCCUCUCUGAUGUAUCCCAAAUGCCAAACACACGUGAAUGUACAUUGUAUGCUUCAUUGUGGACACUGUGGUAUUUAUAUCUGCGGGCAGUGUAUCUCCUCCAAGAAACAUCAAAAUCAUGAUGUUAUCGGUAUUUUGGAAAACAUUAAGAAAGUGAAAAAGCGGGCAACGCAAAGAGAUUUAGUGGAGUUGGAACAAUCUCUUUUCCCCAUAUAUCGAGAAAUUGCAUCAGACAUUAAAGCAAAGAAAUAUGAUCUACAUAGGAAUUCACGAGAGUUGACAACAUUUAUUGACAAACAGGGGGAGGGCUUACACAGAGAAAUAGACAAAAUAAUAGCUAUAUGGAAGGAAAAACUCGCUGAAACGGAUUCAAAUUAUCAGGCUUGUCUCGGUAAACAGGAAGCUGAAAUCACACGUACAAUUUCUGAAAUCACACAGAACGUUGCUGAUUUAAAGAAAAUUCUCGAUUCUAAUGAUGUCCCCCUACUGUUAAGAUAUACAUACAAGAACGCUGAAUUCAAAGAAUUACCCCCCAAAAUCACAGUUACUUUACCCAAAUUCACACCUCGAGAAAUCCACUCAAAAAGAAUUAGUGAACUGUUUGGUUCCCUGUCAGCAUUAUCAUUCACAACAGUAGCAGUAAUGCAUUCUUACAACAAUUUGACCCAAGAAAUUAAGACUUCUUUCCCUGAAAACUUAGAUAUAGAAAUACCCAAUGCUGUAACAGUCAUUAACACGGGGUACGAAAACAUAUACAGUGUGUCAUGCUUGAAUGAUAGGGAACUAUGGACAUGUGGUGAUGACAAAAUCAUGAAACUCUUCAAUCUUCGAGGAGAACUAGUUACUAGUAAGUCCAUUCCAACCAAUUCAGGGAACAAGCCAUCUGACAUAGCAGUGACAAGGAGUGGAGACAUAGUGUAUACUGAUUUCAAAGACAGAACUGUAAACAUAGUGAAGAAUGAACAGAUACAACCAAUCAGACUACGGGAUUGGCGACCACGUGGUGUCUGUAGUACCUCCUCUGGUGACCUCCUGGUUAUCACAAUUAGCGAUGAUGAUGAGCAAACAAAAGUUGUAUUCUAUCCACGCUGCAUUACCACAGACGGCCAGGGUCGGAUCCUGACAGCUGACAAACAUCUCCGAAUCCACAUCCUGGAUCAGGACGGACAGUUCCUCCGACUGAUGGAAUACCUUGAUCUCCACGACCCCCGCUGUUUGUGCGUGGACAGCAAAGACAAUCUCUAUGUGACCGAAUGCCGCACAGGGGAAGUGAAGAGAAUCCAAAACUACAUGUGA